AUGGCAUCCGCCGUCGCCAGCAGCAUGCCCGCCGCGGCCCCCGCCGCCGUCUCCUACGGCUGGCUCGGCCCGCGCCUCUCCUUCAGCCGCGACGCGCCUGCUGCCGUGGCGCCGGAUCGCGGCCAGGCGCUGUCGCUGGAGAGCAGCGGCUGCAAGGCGGACCAGCCCACCGCGGCGGCGGCGUCCAAGGAGUUCAUCGACUUCGAGUUCAGCUUCGGCGGGUCGGCCACCAUGCUCCCCGCCGACGAGCUGUUCGCAGACGGGAAGCUGCUGCCCCUCCGGCCGCAGCCCGCGUCCGCGGCGGCGCCGGAGGCCGAGCGGGAGCGGGAGUGCGCGCCGGCGGAGAUCCCGGCGGCGCCUGAGAUGGUGAAAACCCACCGGCCCUCGGUGGCCGAGGUCUUCGACCCCUACGUGUUCUCCCCCAAGGCGCCGACGUGCUCCAGCCGCUGGCGGGAGCUGCUGCGGCUCAGGAAGGUCCAGACCCCGCAGAAGCCGUCCGCGUCGCCGUCGCCUCCGCAAUCUCCUUCGCCGGUGCCGGCGACUCCCUCCAGAGCGUCCAACUCGUCGGCGGCCAGGUCCCUUAAGCUGCUGCUCCUCCAGCGGAACGGCGGCCGCGCGUCAAGUGCCGUCGCGUCGGACCUCUCCGUGGCGCCGCUCCUCCGCGACAGCUCGGACUCGGAGGCGUCCCUCUCCCUCGCCUCCUCCCGCUUCUCCAUGUCGUCGUCCUCCUCCUCGUCCGCCUACGACCACGACGACUUCCCCCGCCACUCCCUCGACUCGGUCGACCUCACCCCGAAGCCACGAAUCCGGCUCGUGCGCUCCCAACCCCAGCGCCAUUGCCACCCGCCCGCCUCCGCCCCACCGCAGCGCCAUUGCCCCCCGCCUGCGUCCGCCCCGCCGCAUGCCGCGCACAGCCCCGCCCGUCGCCGGCCCGCCACCCCGCCGCCGCCGUCCGUGGCCUCGGUGGACUCCCCGCGCAUGAACUCUUCCGGCAAGAUCGUGUUCCAGGGGCUCGAGCGCAGCUCCAGCUCCCCGGCCGGCAGCGUCCACUCCAGCCUCCGGUCACGCUCGCGCGUGAUGGACCGGUCAUACUCCACGCCGGUGGUGCUCAACGUGCCCGUCUGCUCGCGGCCGUCGUUCGGGUUCUUCAAGGACAAGAAAGAGACGGCGGCGAAGGACGCAGCCGCGCGGCUGCGGUCGUCGCUCGGCCGGAAGACGGCCCAUCCCGCCGGCGCCACCGGCGGAAGCAGCGUGAGUGGCAGAGGUCUUGGCACCGGCAAAUGA